GCCCGGUUUGUUGUCCUCCCUGCUGGUUGUAAGCCUGAAGAAGCAGAAGACGCCCCCCCUCCCACGGCUUGUUUUCCUCCGCGCCGCCGCGGCCGCGUAUCGUAAACCUACCUUUAUGUCCCGGAUGUCACCGCCGCGGGGCCGCGCGCUCCAGGCCCUGACGGCGUCGGUGUCGGAGCUGCUGUCCCGGGUCUGUGACGAGGUUUUGGGGCAGCUGGAGGACGCGUGCCGCUGCUCCGCUCCCGGAGGUCGCCGCGGUCUGCCGCUGCUGCGGCGCCGGCUGCGCGCACUUCUGGCGGCCGCAGCGGCACGGAUCAACGGGCUGCUGCAGCGCGAGCUGGAGGAGAACCGGCGGCGGAACCGGCUGUUGGAGACGGUGCUGAGCCCGGUGGUCCGACUGACCCGGACAGACUCCAUCAGGACGACAGACAGGUCAGGACAUAGAGACACAAAUGGGACAGACAGGUCAGGACAUAGAGACACAGACAGGUCAGGACAUAGAGACACAGACGGUACAGACAGGUCAGGACAUAGAGACACAGACAGGUCAGGACAUAGAGACACAAAUGGGACAGACAGGUCAGGACAUAGAGACACAGACAGGUCAGGACCUAGAGACACAAAUGGGACAGACAGGUCAGGACAUAGAGACACAGACAGGUCAGGACAUAGAGACACAGACGGUACAGACAGGUCAGGACAUAGAGACACAGACGGGUCAGGACAUAGAGACACAGACAGGUCAGGACAUAAAGACACAGACGGGUCAGGACAUAGAGACACAGACAGGUCAGGACAUAGAGACACAGACGGGUCAGGACAUAGAGACACAGACGGGUCAGGACAUAGAGACACAGACAGGUCAGGACAUAGAGACACAGACGGGUCAGGACAUAGAGACACAGACGGUACAGACAGGUCAGGACAUAGAGACACAGACGGGUCAGGACAUAGAGACACAGACGGGACAGAGGGAGGACGGCAGAGACGGCGAGCAGAUCACGUCUGCGUCAUCUGUGGAAAAAGUUUUCGCCACAACGGGAAUCUGCUGAAACACGCAGAGACCCACGCAGAUGCGUGCGGAGUCUGUGGAGAAAACGUCCAAUCAGCACGCGACAGUUUGUUGGAGCAUCUCAGAUCCCACCGUGGUGCCGAUGGCGCCGGGCCGUGUGGCGUCUGCGGGAAGACGUUUCAGAACAUCGAGACGCACAUGCUGCGCCACACGGGUGUCAAACCGUACGCCUGCGAGGUCUGCGGGAAAUGCUUCCCACGUCCUGGAGCGCUACGGAGACACGGGAAGAUCCACGGCCAGAGGAGCGGACACGACCGCAGACAGACGGCGCCCGAGACGCUCGCAGACGGAGACGCUGACGGAGACCAGAGCGAUGGCGAGGCCGACCAUGGCCAGCGGCCGACCUCGCCGCUCCGCUGCAGAGUCUGCGGUGACACGUUCCACAGCCGCGGCUUCCUUAAGAAACACGCCGAGACGCACGGCCGGGACGCAGCGAGCGUCUGUGACGUCUGCGGGGAGCAGCUGGCCUCGGCGGACGACCUGCUGGCCCACCUGCGCUCGCACCAAGAUGCCCGCGGCGUGUGUGGCGUCUGCGGGAAGACGUUCCAGAACACGGAGACGCACAUGAGGCGCCAUACGGGGGUCAAACCGUACGCCUGUGGCGUCUGCGGCAAACGCUUCCCGCGGCCCGGAGCGCUGCGGAGACACGGGAAGAUCCACGCCAUCAGCCGGAGUCAGGCAUGUGGCGAGCUGCCAGCAGACUCAGAGAAGGCUUCCGUAGAGAAGCGUCCCAGCAUGGAGGAGAACGCCGCGGUGUCUCCUCCAACGCCUCCCCGCUGUAGCAUCUGUGGCGAGUCCUUCCACAGCAGCGCCGCGCUGAGGAAACACGCCACGGACCACGUGGCGGCCGCCGCCUGUGGCGUCUGCGGGGACAGUUUCCCACCUUCAGAGACGCUGGCGCAGCACCUGCAGACUCACGGAGACAACGACAGUUUGUUGGAGCAUCUCAGGUCCCACCGGGACGCCAGUGGCGUCGGCACCAGUGGUGUCGGGACGUGCGGCGUUUGCGGGAAGACGUUUCAGAACAUCAAGACCCACAUGCUGCGCCACACGGGCGCCAAACCGUACGCCUGUGGCGUCUGCGGGAAACGCUUCCCGCGGCCGGGCGCGCUCAGGCGCCACAAGCGGAUCCACAGCGGCGAGCGGCCGUACAUCUGCGAGUUCUGCGGGAAGACGUUCACCGAUAACGGCGCCCUGACGACGCACAUCCGGAAGCACACGGGAGACAAGCAGGCGUCACGCGUCUCCUGCGACACGUGUGGGAAGAGCCUGGCGUCCGUGCACGUGUUGCUGGUGCACAAAAGGAUCCACAGCGGCGAGAAGCCGUUCCAGUGCCGGGUCUGCGGGAAAGCCUUCCGGCAGCUGGGCGGACUGAGCGCCCACUCGCUGACGCACAGCGGCGAGAAGCCGUUCACCUGUACCGUCUGUGGGAAGAGCUUCAGCACCAAAGGUUACCUGGAGACGCACGUUCGGUUCCACAGGAAGGAGCGCGCGUUCGGGUGCACGCUGUGCUGGAAGGCGUUCGUCACCAAGAACGACCUCAAGAAACAUCAGCUGACGCACAGCGGCGAGAAGCCGCACGCCUGCAGCGUCUGUGGGAAACGCUACCAGGAGAAACGCUCCAGAGACGCACACAUGAAGGUGCACGGGGAGCCAAUCAGGAGGCAGGACGCUCUGCAGCCAAUCAGGAGGCAGGAUGCUCCACAGCUGGACUUCAUGCAGCUGUAGAAAGAAAAAAAAUG